AUGCAUAUUUCGGUAUCUGAUGCAGUACGAGCGCUUCCUUUUGAUAUCAUCACUGAGAUUUUGAGCUGGUUGCCUGUAGAUUCUUUGCUAAGGUUCAAGUGUGUGUGCAAAAAAUGGCGUUCCUUGCUUCUAGACUACAAUUUCAUUGCAAAACAUAUGGUUCGGGGGAGACCUCUGCAACUUUCCUAUAAAAAAGAAUGGGACCCUUACAAAUAUGAUACGGUUCUUUAUGAUGAAAACUUCAAACAUAUUUCAGAUGUGGCUGGCUUGUUUCUGGAGGAGAGUCUUACUUCUCGAGUUUUCCGAAUCAGAAACUUUGCAACGCAUCAAGAGGGUGACUCUGGCUAUGAAGUAGCCCUUGAAGUUCUAAGUAUCGGAAAGGAUGAUCGAUGGAGGACUCUGAAGCUGCCCAAGCAAAAUGGCGAACCGUUCGUGGGACGAUAUUUUACAGCAGCUAAGGAAGAAGGGGCCGCUCAUGCGGUGCAAAUUAUUAGAGAUGGACAAGAUUUCAAGCUAGAAGUUCAAUCUCUUGAUAUAUGGAGUGAACGUUUCACCAUUGCCACUCUGCCCCGGGGAGCUUUCUUAGACUUGAAAAGAGUUACAAUUUUUCUUUGGAAUUACUAUGUAGCUGUUGCUGAUAUAGUAGAGGAAUCCCUUAACGUCUUGGUGUUGGAAGACUUCAAGGAACACAAAUGGAGGAAGAUCAUUGUUCCCUUGAAAUUCUUGAAGGACAAUCCACGUUUAAAAGAUGAGAUUUGCCCUCAAGGAGUUUGGCUAAAUGACCUCCAGUUGCACAAUGGAAUGAGAAAGUAUAGUCUCGUGUAUGAUAUGGAAAGGAAGGUGAUCAAGGCGACGCAUACCAAGUCUGUGGAGAAAAUAUAUGAAUUCCGAAAGCCAAGCCUGGUUACUCUCAAGGGAAUGAAGAAUGAAUACUAG